UCCACCGCCACGCACAGCGAAAAGAAAGAAAAGCGCGCUAUCUCUACUCCCGAACAACUGAGACCGUACAUCUUCAUCUCCGACGGCCCCUCGUCCUUCUUUCCCUCCCUUUUUCAUUUUUCCCGCUUGGCCCCCGAAUACACCGAACUCCAGUGUUUCUCAAAUCCCACUGCUCUAAGCUCCCCUUCCUCUCGAUUGGGAGGACCAUGUGCUCUUUCAUGGCGAUAGUAUUGCAAGUCUUCGGUUGUGUCAUCUGAACUAGGGUUGACGUGGGAGCGAUGGCGUUCGCAGUUUCCCGUGCCCAAAUUCGUAGCAUGGUUUUUAAUGACAAAUACUUGAAAAGUGCCAUAUAUUAUGAGGCGAUAAGCGGAUAUAGCAAUUCAUCUGGUAGGAAUAUGAGGUUCAACAGUUUCUUGUAUUCGAAGCUUUUGGACUGGUCUCGUAGGUCAAAGCACGAGUCUGCUAAAAAACUUUUGGAAGGGGUGAAAGAGUAUGACACUGCAAGCAUGCUUGAUCGCUCAAAUUUCCUUGACAAGGUUUCUGUUUUAUUGGGUUAUGAUGGCUUACAUGAUUUAAUGGAGCAUGAGAAGGUUCAGUAUGACCAUAGGCAUAGUGAUGAUUCAUCUGACAUUUCAUUGGUCUGCUCAAGGUUUCCUUCUAUCAUGCUGGGUAGCACAUCAUUUAUUGAACUUUAUGGUGAGUUUCCAAGCCUUUCACAUGAAAGCAACCUUUUCUCAGCUGAAAGCUGCGAAGAGUGUUUACCAAGGCUGGAGAGUGAUAAUAUGAUUGGCCCUGAAAAUUCAGAUAAAACAUGGGACAAUUUUGGUAAUUCUGUUUCUAGUGUGUCUGCAUCAUCAGCUGCAUCAUCAGUGAACCAGGGAGAGGCACAUUCAUUCCCAUCAGUUCCUCACAUUCCAGCUGAAGGUGUCAAUAGAAAACCAGAAUGGGUUUGUACCUCAAAUGUGAAAGGAGAGACUGAGAAAGUUAUCAUGGAGCCAGUGCCUUUGGUUGAUACUGGAGACAAAUCACAAAAUUGUGAGGCUACUAUUGUCAGUAUAAUUGAUAGACCCGUUGAUUUCAUUCCUGGAAUAAGCACCAGACAUUGUCGCCAGCUUGAAAAAUACGGGUUUUACACGAUGCGGAAACUACUAAAGCACUUUCCCCGAACAUAUGCUGAUCUUCAUAAUGGCCAGGGUACAAUUGAGGAUGGGCAAUACUUCGCUUUUGUUGGCAAAAUUUUGUCUUCUAGGGGAAUCAAAGCGGGUACUUCUCUUUCAUUCUUGGAGAUAAUUGUAGGUUGUUUGAUCUCUAAUGGGGAAGAAACCUCUGAAGUUCAAAGUGGCAAAAGUACAAGACUGAUUCAGUUGCAUUUAAAGAAGUUUUUUGGUGGCCGUCGGUUCACAAGUCCGUUAUUUCUUAGAAGCAUCCAAUCAAAGCAUAAAGUGGGAGACUUUGUUUCUGUUAGUGGCAAGGUGAAAGCAAUGAGUGCAAAAGAUCAUUUUGAAAUUCGUGAAUACAACAUUGAUGUGCUUGAGGAGGAAGCCUUUGCAAGACCUUUUAAGUCAGAGGAGAGGCUGCUUCCCAUAUAUCCUUCUAAGGGGGGUUUGAACUCCAACUUUCUCAAGGGUCAUAUAAGAAGUGCAUUACAAUUCAUAUCACCAGAUAUAGAUCCAAUCCCCAAGGAUAUACUCAAGGAGUUUUCUCUGUUUAAUCUUUAUGAAGCAUAUAUGGGGAUUCAUUGUCCAAGGGAUUUGAAGGAAGCUGAUUUGGCACGUAGGAGGAUGAUAUUUGAUGAGUUUUUUUAUCUUCAGUUGGCAAGACUCUUUCAAAUGUAUGGUGCACUUGCAACACCUACUGAAAGGACAAUAUUCUUGGAUAAAUUCAGAGAUAAUCUAUCAUGUUCCCUUUCAGUGGAAGAGUUCUCCAGUUUUACUAAGGAAAUUAUCAAAUCUCUUCCUUAUACCCUUACUCAGAGUCAGGUAAUUGCUGCUUCAGAAAUAAUAUCUGACCUAAGGAGGCCUGUUCCUAUGAACCGUCUUUUACAGGGCGAUGUUGGAUGUGGGAAAACUGUUGUUGCCUUUAUAGCAUGUAUUGAGGUCGUCAAAUCUGGGUAUCAGGCAGCAAUCAUGGUGCCGACUGAACUGCUUGCUCUCCAGCAUUAUGAACACAUUGUUUCCUUGCUAGAAAAUGUAGAGGAUACAUGUAAACCUAAUGUUGCUCUUCUGACUGGCUCAACACCUUCAAAGCAAUCACGGUUUAUUCUUCAGGGACUCCGAAAUGGUGACAUAGAUCUAGUCAUUGGCACACACAGCCUGAUAUCUGAGACCAUAGAAUUUUCUGCUUUACGUUUGGCUGUAAUAGAUGAGCAGCAUCGUUUUGGUGUUAUCCAAAGAGGCAGAUUCAAUCGCAAGUUGUACACCAAUUCAGACAGCGUCAAUAUGAUGCCAAAGAAAGUGGAGAAUGAACUAUCUGCAGAGAAAGCUUUUAUGGCGCCUCAUGUCCUUGCCAUUUCUGCAACGCCUAUUCCAAGGACACUUGCUCUGCUUUUGUAUGGAGAUAUGUCUCUAAGCCAAAUUACAGAUUUGCCACCAGGUAGGCUACCUAUACAGACUUAUGCUUUUGAAGGAAAUGAGGCUGGGCUCGAAAAAACGUACCAGUUAAUGCAGAACGAAUUGCAAACUGGUGGAAAGGUCUAUGUUGUGUAUCCAGUAAUAGAAGAAUCUGAGCAUCUCCCUCAGCUUCGUGCUGCUUCUGCAGAUCUUGCAUCAAUGUCUAGCAAGUUUCAGGAUUACCAGUGCGGACUUCUGCAUGGUCGGAUGAAGAGUGACGAGAAGGAAGCUGCAUUGCGAAAUUUUCGAUCUGGCGAGAUCAAUAUACUGCUUUCAACUCAAGUGAUUGAGAUAGGGGUUGAUGUUCCUGAUGCAUCUUUGAUGGUUGUGAUGAAUGCUGAGAGGUUUGGUAUUGCUCAGUUGCACCAGCUAAGGGGCCGUGUUGGCCGUGGAUUGCGGAAGUCCACAUGUAUCUUUUUAUCAUCAUCUGGUGGUGCUUUGGGUCGUCUGAAGAUACUAGAAGAGUCAUCUGAUGGUUUUCACCUUGCAAAUGUGGACCUUCUUCACCGUGGACCAGGUGACUUGCUUGGAAAGAAACAGUCAGGACACCUCCCAGAUUUUCCUAUUGCUAGGUUGGAAGUCGAUGGCAAUAUUCUUAGAGAAGCUCAGCUUGCUGCAUUGAAAAUUUUGGGAUCUCAUUGUGGAUUGGAUGGUUAUCCGAAGAUAAAAGCUGAGCUUAGCAUGCGGCAUCCUCUUUGCUUGCUGGGGGAUUGAUCCAUUCUACCUAUUUAAGACAGAGCUAAAGUUGCUGGAAACAUUUAGCACUUCGAUGAAUCUGGUUCACGCCCUACGCCCCACGUGCAGCCCCAGUGGGCGAUCCCGUCAGUUACCAAUGGAAGGCAGUGCAUGGUACUGACGCUCUAGGAGGUGCAUCGGCCACUGCCUAUUUUUGCAUUGAUUUCUGUAUUUGCAGCUACAUAGAAACUCGUCAGAAAAUGGAAGAGCCAUGAAAUUUGUGUUCUCUCUUUUUAAAAAAAAAAAGUUACCGCAAACGCGAAUGGGUUGUAUAAAUGUGGAAGGGGUGAUCCACUAAGCUCAAAACCAAAGAAAAUAAGUGGUACCUAUUAUAAGCAAUAAGUGGCUAAUAAGUUUCAAUUUA